GCGGACGACCGUGCGACCAUGACCGAAAGGUGAGUUAAACCCUCCCCAUGUAUGUGUGUGCAUGACGGAAAGGUUUCGGAGCUUCCCAGGAGCCGAUGUACGUGAUUGAUAUUGAUGAUGGAUGGUUCAGCUGGUCCACUAGAGUGGAUGAGAUACCGACUUUGCGGAACAUUCAUAUGCGCAUUGGGAAAGGAUCACUUGUUGCAGUGUGUGGAACAGUUGGUGCAGGAAAAUCAAGCUUGCUCUACAGCAUUUUGGGUGAGAUGCCCAAGUUAAAGGGCACGGUCAUGACAUGCGGGUCAGUGGCAUAUGUGUCCCAGAGUGCCUGGAUUCAGGUGUGUGGCAAGGAUCUUUGUUCUUCUGCUCAUCCUCUUGUCCAUGUUCCCAAUCUGGCAGUCCUUUCCUCUGCGGCAUGUGAUUUGACUGAAAUUGGCGAGAGAGGGAUAAAUAUGAGUGGUGGCCAAAAGCAACGGAUACAGCUUGCUCGUGCGGUUUACCAGGAUGCAGACAUUUACCUGCUAGAUGAUUCAUUCAGUGCUGUUGAUGCCCAUACCGGCACGCAACUAUUCCUGGAGUGCAUUACUCAUGCCUUAGCAGCCAAGACUGUAGUCCUGGUUACACACCAAGUGGAGUUUCUUCCUUCUGCGGAUCUCAUCCUGGUUAUGAAAGAUGGAGAGAUUGUUGAGGCAGGCCGGUAUUCUGACCUAGUAAAUGCUGGGACUGACUUCAACACUCUUGUGGAGGCGCAUAAUGACUCAAUGGGUCUGGUUGAGGCCUGCGAUGGGGAGUCCAACAUGCCUGGCAGUGACGAAUCGUGGACGACAGAGAUGCCUCCACUUGCUCAUACUGAGCAGGAUGAAGGGAAUGGAGGUGGGGGAGAAGGAAAUGAGAUAAGAGGGAGACAGAAAAGUACAAAUUCUGGACGGUUGAUAUCGCAGGAAGAGAGGGCAUGUGGGAGAGUGAGCGCCGAUGUUUAUGUAGCAUAUGUUACAAUGGCUCUUGGAGGGAUGCACAUUCCACUCCUCUUCCUUGUGCAGGGCAUAUGGCAGGCUCUGCAGAUAGGGAGUGACUGGUGGCUGGCUGAAAGCACGUCUGCUCCUGCUAAGGACGACUCAUUCAUUCGUUAUGCCGAUCCUUCGAAAAAUCCAUGGAGUUUCAUUGGAGUUUAUGCAGGCUUGGCACUCGGCAGUGGGUUGUUUGUCCUUGCUAGGACUAUGACGAUUGCUACAGAAGAAAAACAGACCCUCGAACACCGCCACCCCAAACCAGAGAAUCCCCCCGCUCUCAAACGGAACGCCUCUCCCUCCGCCAAGAGCUCCCAAGAGGACAGGGCAGGCAAGAAGAGGAGAGCAACGGAGGAGGGCUCAGGUAAGACUCUCAGUUCUGAGCACCCCCACACUGACAACACCCCCCCCGGGACAGACUCGAAAGCAGCGGACAGGGGAACAGGAACGGAUACUGCACAAAGCAAAGCAAGCCCCACCCCCUGGCUCGAAGAGUACCUGCAGCGAGGAAAAUAUGAAAGAGAGAAAGAAUUCGAUAUCAGGUUGGCAUGCGUGAAACAUCUGGAAAAAAUAGGGAAGCCAGCCAAGAGGAAAACAGUGGCCGGAAUCCCGCAGUCCAAGAAUUUUUUCGAUCUGCUGCGCAUGAACGCCGAGCUCUCAGAGUUCAGCGCCUUCAGAUAUUACGAAAAGAAGAGGGAAAGAGAAUCGGCUGGAACAGACACCAACACAGGUUUCGACCCCCAAACUUCGACAGACUCCAUCCGAGACAUGGUUUCCAAGAACUGGAAACCGUCGAAGGGAAGGGACAAGAGGCCGAAGGGUCCCCCCAAGAACGAAGCAGGCAGCAAGAAUGAACAGCGCAGACUCACGCAGGAAAUAGCAACAGUGGCAGCACAGACAAAAAGGUUGUUCGACCAGAACCAGGACUACAAAAAGGAACAAGGAGAGAAAUUCAUAACAGUCCGGAUGAUCGYUGAAAACAAGGYGCCWGACGUCCCCAAAUCRGCAAGAGUUGAUAGGGGGACCACGAGGGCGGUAAGACCGCUGAUCCCAGUCCGGUUCAGGAACAAAUUCAAUGAGUGGCAGGUGGCCACAGAYGCAGCGUUCACAUUUYCCACCCUCGACRAUGACAAUGCCCUGGCCAGGAACAUCAGGRACAAUAUUUCAGCGGAGAUCCCGCYGGGRGUGUUUGGGAUCCYGCCAAGGGAACAGAYAGCCGAAGGGAAGGCGUUGGAMGAUUUGAUCCUCACCCCUUUCGACCCCAUCCUGGUCAAGCUCGACGAGAAAGCCAAACUCUGYGAAGGCCUGACAUGGAGGGCUUGGGACACGRUCACAAUGYUGCCUUACAACGUGYUGAACGGAAGGUUCAGCACAACCGACAUCAUUGCAGAUUCGCUGGCCGACAUCAUCAGGACCCGCAUUCUGACCUCCAAGACCUCGCUGCAGGACGAGGCGACCCCCAUCUACGUGGACAUGGGGAAGGAAGAAGCGGACAUGGAGGACGAUGAGGAUGACGGGAUGGAAGUGGGCGACAAGAUCUCCCCCRGAGGAGACGACGAGGAGCCACGCUCGACRACRGAGAGCAGCGCUGGCRAGUAYAGCCUGGGAUCCUYAGCGACAAGUGAGGACAACAGAGACGAGGACACCGACGGCAGCAAGACCCAGGCAGCAGCAGACUAAAUAACUCACCACCUGGAAGAAAUAAAACCCCACCUUAAGC